AUGCCCGCUCCAUCACGACGAAAACGAAAUAGUUCAAGUGAAUCAAGUAAUGGUUUAUCAUCAUCAUCAUCAUCGUCAGAUGAUGAAGAGAUUUCAUCAACAAAAUUAGGAAAAUCAACAAUGAAUAGAAUCAACGAAUUAACACUUAAAGAUGAUGAAGAUACUAUUAGUUUUCAAGCGCCACUACCUGAAUAUUAUGAAGAGCCAGGAGAAUCAGAUGAUGACCGAAGAAUUUUAUCAAGAGUUCUCGAAUCAUCGGCAUCAGGUGUAAUUAAUAAUGAUAAAAAACACAUAGAAAAAAAGAAACGAAAAAGACUCUAUUUUAUUUGUGUAUCUAUGUGUAAAUAUGAAUGUGUACGACGAGCAGCAAAACGUCUUAAUUUUCGUGAAGUUUCGGAUGAAGAUGACUGGAAUGUUUAUUGGACUGACACAAGUGUUGGAAUUGAAAGAGUGGCACAAAUGAAAAAAUGGCAGAAAAUAAAUCAUUUUCCUGGUAUGAGUGAAAUAUGUCGAAAAGAUUCUUUAACAAGAAAUAUGUCAAGGAUGUAUAAAACCUUUCCAAAAGAAUACGGCUUUUACCCCAGAGCUUGGUGUCUUCCAGCUGAUUAUAGUGAUUUUUCUAAAUAUUGUGCCGAGAAAAAAGGCAAAACAUUUAUUUCUAAACCCGAUGUUGGUUGUCAAGGGCGAGGAAUAUUUUUAACAAAAAAUCCUGGAAGAGAUAUUAAGCCAACUGACAAUUUUGUUGUUCAAGUAUACGUGAAUCGGCCAUUUUUAAUCGAUGGUUAUAAAUUUGAUUUACGUGUAUAUGUUGCUGUAACAUCGUGUGAUCCAUUUCGAGUAUUUGUCUAUAAAGAUGGCCUCGCUCGUUUCACAACUCAACACUACGAAGAACCAUCAACUAACAAUUGUAAAGAUAUCUUUAUGCAUUUAACAAAUUACGCUAUUCAAAAGCGUUCAGACGAUUUUAUCCGCGAUGAGGAUACCGGUACUAAACGUCGAAUAACAACAAUCAAUCGUUGGUUAAUUGAACAUGGCUAUGAUAUAGCUAAAUUAUGGACAGAAAUUGAUGAUGUUAUUAUAAAAGUUCUUAUAUCAGCGCAUCCUAUUCUUAAACAUAAUUACCGUGCUUGUUUUCCAAAUCAUUAUCGUGGUAGUGCUUGUUUUGAAAUUCUUGGUUUUGAUAUAUUAAUUGAUCGAAAGCUCAAACCAUAUGUUCUCGAGGUAAAUCAUUCUCCAAGUUUCACAACAGACUCUAAAUUAGAUCGUGAAAUAAAAGAUGCACUUAUAUAUGAUACUCUACUUUUGAUGAAUAUGCCAGCUGCAGAUAAGCGACGAUUCAUAGAAGAAGAAAAGAAACGUGUCAAAGACAGAUUAUUUCAGCGAAUAAAUAAAAAAGAUAAAUAUCGUGAAGAACAAGAAGAUCUAGCUCAACGAUGGCAAAAAGAAAUUGAAAAAUGGGAAGACGAUCAUAUUGGAAAUUAUAGGAGAAUUUAUCCAACACCUGAAGCAAUACCAAAAUAUGAGAAAUAUUUUACACAAUCAGGUACACUUUAUUCAGAAACAGCAGCUUCAAAAGCAAGAAUUGAACAAGCAAAAGUCCAAAUGGAUGAACUACAAAAAAAACAAGAUAAAUUAAAUGCAUUUAAAAGUGGAAAAUCAUCUUCGAACACAACAACAAAUAAUUCAAAAGAAUUCUACGGUGAAAGUUCAACAAAACGAUCUUUACCCAUUAUUAAAUCAUCUAGAAGUUCAUCAUUUAAUCGAACACCUUUAAAACGUCUUACAAAUAAUGCUCAUAUGUCGACUCCAACAACUCAACUUUGUACUGAUCCAACAAAACCUAUUGAAAUUGAUGAAACUGAAGAGUUAGAACGAAUGUUAUCACUUAAACAUCGAGAAACACUUAUUCGAGGAAUGGGUAUUGUUGAUAUGUGUCAUCGAAUGCUAUUUGGUACACCCGGCACAAUGGCUAACUUGCAAUUGAAAAGUAAUGGAAUUACACAAUUACAAGGACAAUGCCAAAGCACAACGAAUAUUGAUGUAAAUGAUCUAUCACAAAAUCUUUCUCUUCUUCAAUAUGUUGGUUCAAAACUACCUCAUGGCCAUUUAAAUCGGUAUCAUUCAAAUAAUACUGCAUCAGCUCAAGCACUUCAACAAUAUUUUAGCAACCAACAACAUCAAUCACAACCAAAACAUGAAGUUCGUCCUACACGAACUGUUCAAAUAUUUGAUGAAAAAUUUGGCAAUAUGGUUCCGUCUCAAAAUGGAUCAAGAAAUGGUCGUUAUCAACAAAUUAUACGUUCGCCAGAUCCACAAAGUCGUUUUUUUGUUCAAACAAAUGUCAUGCCACAAAUCUCAGCUAAUAUUUUGCCUAAUACAAAUAUGAUUACAAAUAAUUCAUCCUUUGAUUUAUCAAUAAGAACUAAAAGUGCGACCGGCAUGACACGACAACGCACAGGUCUGUUAGGUUAA